AGUUUUUUCCGGGUAUUUUGAGCGGCCAAGUACUGUAAGAAACAGCUUUUCUAUCUUCAAAAGCUGAUUAUAUCAUCAAAUUCUUUAUAUCUAGAGGACAUUUCUUGGUAUUUAUUAGAAGUGACCACUUCGUUGUAUUUUAGAAAGCGAUUUUGUUUUUGAUGUUUUGAUUUCAUGAUGCGUGGAAGAGUUACCCUUGCUACAUGUUCUCUCAACCAAUGGGCCUUAGACUUCGAAGGAAAUGUUAGAAGGAUACUUGAAAGUAUUCAAAUAUCUAAAGAUCGAGGUGCUUCCUACAGACUAGGCCCAGAGCUUGAAAUCUGUGGUUAUGGCUGUGCAGAUCACUUCUACGAGAGCGAUACACUGAUGCAUUCUCUUCAAGGUCUUGCCUACCUACUAAAGUCUCCCUUGACUCGAGGGAUCAUUUGUGAUGUUGGGAUACCUUUACUGCAUAAGAAUGUACGAUAUAAUUGUAGAGUUAUAUUCCUCGAUGGACAGAUAUUACUCAUAAGGCCUAAAAUGACGCUGUGUAAUGAUGGGAAUUACAGAGAAGGUAGAUGGUUUACUCCAUGGACAAAGCAAAGAGUGAUUGAAGAGUUCAAAGUACCCAAAAUAAUCUCAGAAAUAACAGGACAGACUACUGUCCCCUUUGGCGAUGGGGUAAUCUCAACACCAGACACAUGCAUUGGAAGUGAGGUGUGCGAGGAGUUGUUCAGUGUUCAUAGUAACCAUGUUGCCAUGGCAAUGGAUGGAGUGGAGAUUAUAACCAAUGGUAGUGGCAGUUACCAUGAAUUACGGAAGCUGAACAAGAGAGUGAAACUUGCAACAAGUGCGACAUUUAAGAGUGGUGGUAUCUACAUGUAUUCUAAUUUGCGUGGCUGUGAUGCCGAGAGAGUAUACUAUGAUGGUUGUUCCAUGAUAGUAAUCAAUGGUGAAGUUGUUGCACAAGGAACACAGUUCUCAUUACAAGAAGUUGAAGUUGUGACAGCAACAUUAGAUUUAGAAGAUGUGCGCACUUAUCGUUCCUCUUCUCCUACGUAUGGCAAAGCAGCGGAAUCAUUGACGCCAAGCUUUCCACGCAUCAAGACAGAAUUCUGUGUAACUAAGGAUGACAAUCUUGCUAUCCCAACCUCUCAACCAAUCCAAUUCCAUUACCACACUGCUGAAGAAGAGAUCAGCCUUGGUCCUGCCUGUUGGUUAUGGGACUAUCUGAGGAGAAGUGGACAAGCUGGCUUUUUCUUGCCUUUAAGUGGAGGUAUUGAUAGUUCAUCCACGUCUUGUAUUGUUGCAUCGAUGUGUCAUUUGGUUUGUGAAGCCAUAAAAAAUGGCGACAAGAAAACGUUGGAAGAAGCACAGAGGAUUGUUCGUGAUAGCAAUUACACCCCGACAGAUCCUAAAGAGUUUGCCAACAGAAUAUUCGUAACCUGUUACAUGGGAACAGAGAAUUCCUCAGCAGAGACAAAGAAGAGAGCAUGUAACCUAGCCCAGGAGAUUGGCAGCUAUCACUUGGACAUCAACAUAGAUUCUGUAGUAACUGCCGUUCUUGCUGUCUUCACUCUUAUUACCUCGAAAAUCCCAAAAUUUAAGGUCAACGGAGGUUCGAACCAAGAGAACCUGGCACUACAGAAUGUCCAGGCCAGAUUACGGAUGGUCUUAGCGUAUCUGUUUGCACAGCUUAUCAUGUGGUCACGUGGUUUGCAGGGUAGUUUACUGGUACUGGGAUCUGCAAAUGUGGAUGAGAGCUUAAGAGGUUACUUCACAAAGUAUGACUGUUCCAGUGCCGACAUCAAUCCUAUUGGAGGAAUAAGCAAGACAGACCUACGAUCAUUCAUAUUCUACUGCGUAGAGAAGUUUAAUUUAAACUCCCUGAUAACUAUCCUUGGGGCACCCCCCACAGCCGAGCUAGAACCUCUGGUAGAAGGACAGAUACGACAAACUGACGAGGAGGAUAUGGGAAUGACAUACAAAGAACUCUCGGUCUUCGGCCGUUAUCGAAGCUUCAUGCGCUGUGGACCUUACAGCAUGUUCUGUAAGCUGGUACACAUCUGGAAAGACAAGUACAGCCCCGUACAAGUCGCUGAAAAAGUGAAGCUGUUCUUUCGUUACUAUUCCAUCAACCGCCACAAGAUGACAACAUUGACACCUGGUUACCACGCAGAAGCUUACUCCCCGGAUGACAAUCGUUUUGACCAUCGCCCCUUUCUUUACAAUAUCCAAUGGUCCUGGCAAUUCAGCACCAUUGAUGACCACUUGAAGAGACUACAUGUAGCAGUACCCUCCCAACGACGUCAACAACAGUAUCACCAUGGUAACAACGUGUCAAUUUCACAAACUGAUGCCUCUUUAUCCUCUGCUUAUGUUUCUUCCACAAAAGUGAAGACUGAAAAACCUGAUGGUGAUUGUACGAUGCAGCAACAAAGGCUCCAUGUUAAAGCAUACAUGAAAAGAAAUGCUAGAACCAGCAGCUUAGAGCUUCAGAAUACAAGUUAUGCAGCCCAUUUUCCUGGGAAAAAUGUUGGUGAAUUGGAAGACAAUUUGGUUGCUUCAACCUGUCCUCCAUCAUGUCCACCUGGUUGUCCUCCACCAUGUCCUGCCCUCAUUCGUAUUAAACCAGAACCAGUGGAAGUUGAGUCGGAGUUGAUUGAGAUUCAGUACCCAAACCACAAGGAUUGUAUUUUCUCUUCAUAUUCUUGUGAUAUGAAUCAUCGAAGUGAUUGUAGUCGGAGGAAGAGAGACAUAACAGCGUUUCUCGACAGCUGUCAAUCAUCUGGUGACGUAAAUGAAGAAAUGAACAGGAAAAAAUACUUACGUGUCUGCAAUCAAUGACAAAAGUGAUGGAUAUUUUAGCCGCCAUGUUGGUCAAAUGAUUUCUCACAAGUCUCUUUUAACUCUGGUUGGUUGAAUUAUUUCUCAUAUUAGUAAGUCUCUUUUAACUCUGUUAUAAUAUCCGUGAUGGCGGCCAUGUCUUUUGUUAUAUCAUCAAUUAUGGUGGCUAUGUCUUUUGUUAGUUCAUCCAACAUGGUGGUCAUGUCUUUUGUUAUAUCAUUCAACAUGGUGGCCAUGUCUUUUGUUACGUCAUCCAACAUGGUGGCCAUGUCUUUUCUUAUA